CCCUCACGAGACAGUGAAUUCAUUCACAAAAACAGAAAAUAUAAACAGACUCAGAAGGAACCUGAAAGGAAGGGCAAAGGAAGCCGUUGACGGAUUGCUUAUAACGAACGCUGAUCCGUCCGACGUCAUAAGAAGUCUAGAAGCGCGAUUCGGAAGACCGGAAACGAUAGCCAUAACGGAGUUAGACACGCUACGAGCUCUGCCAAGACUAACAGAAAGACCAAGAGACAUUUGUAUAUUCUCCAGUAAGGUGACCAACGCCGUAGCUACGCUUCGUGCAUUAAAUUGCACACAUUACUUAUAUAAUCCGGAAACUACCAAAACAAUGUUAGAAAAACUCACACCAACACUACGUUACCGAUACUACGACUUCACCGCGGUACAACCGAAGGAGGAUCCGGAUCUGAUUAAAUUUGAAAAAUUCAUGAAAAGAGAAGCCGAACUGUGCAGCCCUUAUGCACAGCCCGAACAGGCGGGGCACUACUCGCAGCCCGCACAAUAUAACAGACGCACACAAAACGUGCACAUAGUCAGUGAGAAGCCAUCACGAGCUAAAUGUCCGGUAUGUAGCAACACCGAACACACCACAACAGACUGCUACAUAUUCAAGAAGGCAGACUCAAACACAAGAUGGGACAUCGCUAAGAAUAAACACCUGUGUUUCCGAUGUCUACAGUAUAAGAAUAAAACCCACAACUGCAAACCGAACACGUGUGGCAUCAAUGAUUGCAAAUAUACUCACAACAAGAUGCUGCAUUUCGACAGAAAAAUAGAAAAGACAGACAACAGUGACAAGGAAACAAUAGAAAACAUUAAUUCCGCUUGGACCGGAAAACAGAAACAGUCCUAUUUGAAAAUAAUCCCAGUCCAAGUACAAGGCCCGAUAGGCACGGUUGAUACAUACGCGCUGCUCGACGAUGGAUCAACGGUGACACUAAUAGACGAAAUCAUCUGCAAGAAGACUGGAAUAACAGGACCAAUCGAUCCGUUACACAUACAGGCGAUUAACAACAUAAAAUCAACGGAAACAAGGUCAAGAAGAGUCAACCUCACGCUCAGAGGCCUCAACAGUCGAAAAGAAAUAAUACAAGCGAGAACAGUUAACGACCUACAAGUAACAGCACAAAAAAUACCAAAGGAACAGAUAGAUGAGUAUUCGCACCUACGAGACAUCAGUGACAUCAUCACGUACGAGAACGCGAAACCUGGAAUACUAAUUGGCCAAGACAACUGGCAUAUGUUACUAGCUUCGAAAGUUAGACGAGGCAACAGGAAUCAGCCAAUAGCGUCACUGACACCUCUAGGUUGGGUACUGCAUGGAGGUCGCACUCGUACCCUUGGCCACCAUAUAAACUACAUAAAUCAUGCUAGCGAAACCCAGGAAGAUGAUAAAAUAGAAAAUCUGGUAAAACAGUAUUUCGCUAUGGAUGCGCUAUGCAUCACACCAAGAAGACCAAAAACAGACCCAGAGGAACAGGCGCUUCGCAUUCUCUAUAGCAAUACAGUCCACACAACAGAUGGAAGAUACGAAACUGCUCUGCUCUGGAAAACAGAUAAUGUCAGUCUACCAGACAACUACAAUAACUCGUUAAAGCGACUGAUAAAUAUAGAAAACAAACUCGAUCGUAAUCCGGAACUGAAACAGAAAUACACAGAACAGAUGGAAGCACUCGUCGCGAAAGGCUACGCCGAGCCCGCCCCAAAAACAAAAACAGAGAACAGAACGUGGUAUCUACCUCACUUCGCCGUCUUGAACCCCCUGAAGCCGGAAAAACUCCGAGUCGUCCACGAUACCGCCGCCAGAAGAAGAGGGGUAGCUUUAAAUGAUAUGCUGCUUAAGGGACCGGACCUACUCCAAUCACUACCAGGAGUGAUAAUGCGAUUCAGACAGCAUAAUAUAACAGUAACAGCAGACAUCAAAGAGAUGUUCAUACAAGUAAAAUUGAGACCUGAAGACAGAGACGCGCUCCGUUAUCUCUGGUGCAAAGAUCAGCGAGAUGACAAGCCCCCAGAAGAAAACAGAAUGACCUCGUUGAUCUUCGGUGCGUCAAGUUCUCUUGCCACAGCGAUAUAUUUAAAGAACUUGAACACCCAGAAACAAGAAGCCACGCACCCGGAGGCGGCAGUCGCAGUACAGAACAGACACUACGUAGACGACUUCUACUUGGAUAACUUAAAAACUUUAAAAGAUGCAGUGCACAUAACUACAGAGCUUAGUCGAAAACACGAAAGAAAGCCGACCUCGAAGACCUUCUGGACCGACAGUAAGAUAGUGUUGAGAUGGACAAGAACGGGAUCACGCUCGAACAAACCAUACGUCGCCCAACGCCUGACAGCUAUAGAGGACAGUUCAACAAUAAACGGGAGGCGAUGGUUACCCACGAAGCACAACUUAGCCGACGACGUGACCCGAGACGUCCCAAUGUCGUACCAAAAUGAACAUAGAUGGUUCAGAGGGACAGAAUUCCUACGCCAACGAGAGGACUCCUGGCCGACGGAAUCGGCCUCAGAAACUACAGAACCGAUGGGUGAAGUAAAUAUAGCAGCUGCAGCACCGGCGAGAGCCUCAUGGCUGAGGCGUCGCCAUGAAAAGUGGAAGUGCCUGCCACAAAACACGCGCACACGAGAGAAAAGCGAUCGUGACGUAUCCAGGUCCCGACAACGUGGGGCGCACCGUAGACAUAACCGAAGGUGGAGCUCUACGGAGACCGGUACGAAAACUAGUGAUCCUGCCCAUCGAAGAAGACCAUCCUGCACCGAGAAGAAUGCGACUGACUCGCACGGCGGGAGCAAAACACAGUUCUCAGCAGAUCAUCAAGACAGAAACAGUUCUCAGCAGAUCAUCAAGACAGAAACAGUUCCCAGUGAAUCUUCGACAAAGAACCAUCAGCAAGACAGAAACAGUUACCAGCAGUUCUCCAAUAGUACAGUUAUCAGAAAACCACCAGUGAAUCAGCUACCAGUGAACCAGACAGUUACCUGUGAAACCUCACUACAGAAGCCGAAACCCAUCGAAAGAAACAGCCGUCUUCUACCAGCGCACAAACAGACAGCAGAAACGAGUCAAAGGUUCAGCUAG